AUGCUCGUCACCUUCGCCCUGCCGAUGACCAUCUCCCUCCCGGCCCACUUGGUUUCCGUCUCCACCCAACCCCAGGCAGCCGCCGCAACCGCCCCCGCCUCCGAACCCGCCCCUGCCGCGACUGAGAGCUCCACAGAUCCCACACCGGCGUCGCCUCAGCCCAGCACCUCGGCCCCCACUGCCACCUCGACCACCGGAACCACGCAGCAGCCGCCACAGCAGCUCCACUUCACCUUCAUCCUUCAGAUGCCGAUGCCGCUCGCUGGUGGCGCCAUCCCGGCGAUGAUGGGCGGCUCUGGGGGCAGCUUCAGUCUCGACAACUUCCUCAACUACACGUUCCAGCUCCAGCAGCAACAGCGCGCCGGGCCGCCCCCGGCGUCGAAGAGCGCGGUCGAUCGACUGGCCCAGGUGACGGUCACCGAGGCCCACAUCAAGGCCCAGGCCCUGUGCUCGGUGUGCCAAGAGGCCUUUGGCGCGGGCGACGCGGCACUGGGGCUUCCGUGCGACCACCUCUACCGACGGCGACUGCAUAACGCC